UGUCCCUCCCGCGGCCACUUCUGAUAGAUGGGUCAGUCACGGACCGCCGGAGGCCACAGUAGACAGUGGACGCUGACCCACGGCUGACCCGCCGUCGACCAGCAGCGUACCCGAGCUAAGGUCAAAGUCAGACGCCCUCAACUGAGGUCAACCGAGGUCACCAAAGUCACCGAGGUCACCGGAAGCCUUCCAAGAUCACCGAGGAAGUCGAGUUACCGGAGUCUACUGGGGCCGUGUAAAAGAAACGGCGCUCGGCUCAUACUGCGCAGAGGUCACCCCAGACCCGAGCGAGGUCUUCAGAGGUCACCUAAGCCGCCGCCGCUGAUCUAAGGUUCCAGCAGCACUACUGGAGAAGUCGCGUGUGCACAUCAGCGUCUGUGAGCGGUUGGUUGCCCGAUGACGCCCUCUGAGGUCACGUGACACCACAGGAGGGCCCGUGACCAGACAGGGGCUGAGGACGAGGGUUGAGGCGACCUCACACCACCGGCGGUGCAGUGGGAAGGCGAGGAGACGCUGUUAGCUUCUCACAUCGGACCUAGAGCUUCCCAGAACGAACCUGAAACUUCUUACAGCGAUCCUGGACCUGAUCGGAAGAUAGUAGCACACCAUCUAUCCUUCCGUAUUGCGGCGACUUUAGCGGCCACCAGGACAGCUUUGUGAGAGGCGGCGGGCCGGCGGCGACCGGUCGCAGCCGGAACACGCUGACCAUGGCGGGCCCAGGCUGCCUCCUCGGAGCGGCGCUUCUGGCCGCCCUCAUAUCCAACGCCUGGGCGGCCACCCUGGAGACGGCGCUGUCCGUCCGCGGAGGGACGUCCACCGACCUGAUCGAGCAGAUCCAGCAGCAGGUGCAGCUCAUGGACGAGCAGCUGGCGGCGCUCAGCGAGGCCCUGACGACCAUAUCGACAGUGACCACAACAGUCACCGCCGCGCCGACAGAGCCGGUCACCACCGAGCCAACGACCACUGAACCAACAACUACUGAGCCAGCUACUACCGAACCAGCCAGUAAUGGAACAACCAUCACAGAACCAACCACCACUGAGCAAACCACUACCCAACCAAACACUACUGGAACAACCACGACAGAAACAACCACCACCAAAACAACCACUUCUGGAACAACCAACACAGGACCAACCACCACUGAGCAAACCACUACUGAACCAAACACUUCUGGAACAAUCACCACAGAAACAACCACUUCUGGAACAACUCCCACCGAACCAACCACCACCGAAACAACCACUUCUGGACCAACCAGCACAGCACCAACCACCACUUUGCAAACCACCACCGAACCAACCACUUCUGGAACAACCACCACCAAACUAACCACCACCGAAACAACCACUUCUGGAAAAACCAGCACAGGACCAACCAGCACAGAACCAACCAGCACAGAACCAACCACCACAGAGCAAACCACUACCGGAAUCACCACCACCGAACUAACCACUUCUGGAACAACCAGCACAGAACCAACCACCACCGAACCAACCACUUCUAGAACAACCAGCACAGAACCAACCACCACCGAAACAACCACUUCUGGAACAAUCAGCACAGGAUCAACCACCACUGAGCAAACCACUACCCAACCAAACACUACUGGAACAACCACGACAGAAACAACCACCACCAAAACAACCACUUCUGGAACAACCAACACAGGACCAACCACCACUGAGCAAACCACUACCGAACCAAACACUUCUGGAACAACCACCACAGAAAUAACCACCACCGAACUAACCACUUCUGAAACAGCCAGCACAGGACCGACCACCACUGAGCAGACCACUACCGAAUCAACCACUUCUGGAACAAUCAGCACAGGAUCAACCACUACUGGAACGACCACCUCAGAAACAACCACUGCCGAACCAACCACUUCUGAAACGGCCAGCACAGGACCAACCACCACUGAGCAAACCACUACCGAAUCAACUACUUCCGGAACUACCACCAACGAACCAACCACUUCUGUAACAAGCAGCACAGGACCAACCACCACCGAACCAACCACCACCGAACCAAACACUUCUGGAACAACCACCACUGAACCAACCACCACGGAAACAACCAUUUCUGAAACAACCAGCACCACGGGUAUAACGACCACCGAGUUAACCACGUCUGGAACAACCACCACUGAACCAACCACCACAGAAACAACCAAUUCUGGAACAACCAGCACGGGAUCAACCACCACCGAACCAACCACUUCUGGAACAACCAGCACAGGACUAACCACCACUGAGCAAACCACUACCGAACCAAACACUUCUGGAACAACCACCACAGAAAUAACCACCACCGAACCAACCACUUCUGAAACGGCCAGCACAGGACCAACCACCACUGAGCAAACCACUACCGAAUCAACCACUUCCGGAACUACCACCAACGAACCAACCACUUCUGGAACAACCACCACUGAACCAACCACCACGGAAACAACCAUUUCUGAAACAACCAGCACCACGGGUAUAACGACCACCGAGUUAACCACGUCUGGAACAACCACCACUGAACCAACCACCACAGAAACAACCAAUUCUGGAACAACCAGCACGGGAUCAACCACCACCCAACCAACCACUUCUGGAACAACCAGCACAGGACUAACCACCACUGAGCAAACCACUACCCAACCAAACACUACUGGAACAACCACGACAGAAACAACCACCACCAAAACAACCACUUCUGGAACAACCAACACAGGACCAACCACCACUGAGCAAACCACUACCGAACCAAACACUUCUGGAACAACCACCACAGAAAUAACCACCACCGAACUAACCACUUCUGAAACAGCCAGCACAGGACCGACCACCACUGAGCAGACCACUACCGAAUCAACCACUUCUGGAACAAUCAGCACAGGAUCAACCACUACUGGAACGACCACCUCAGAAACAACCACUGCCGAACCAACCACUUCUGAAACGGCCAGCACAGGACCAACCACCACUGAGCAAACCACUACCGAAUCAACCACUUCCGGAACUACCACCAACGAACCAACCACUUCUGUAACAAGCAGCACAGGACCAACCACCACCGAACCAACCACCACCGAACCAAACACUUCUGGAACAACCACCACUGAACCAACCACCACGGAAACAACCAUUUCUGAAACAACCAGCACCACGGGUAUAACGACCACCGAGUUAACCACGUCUGGAACAACCACCACUGAACCAACCACCACAAAAACAACCAAUUCUGGAACAACCAGCACGGGAUCAACCACCACCCAACCAACCACUUCUGGAACAACCAGCACAGGACUAACCACAACUGAGCAAACCACUACCGAACCAAACACUUCUGGAACAACCACCACAGAAAUAACCACCACCGAACCAACCACUUCUGAAACGGCCAGCACAGGACCAACCACCACUGAGCAAACCACUACCGAAUCAACCACUUCCGGAACUACCACCAACGAACCAACCACUUCUGGAACAACCACCACUGAACCAACCACCACGGAAACAACCAUUUCUGAAACAACCAGCACCACGGGUAUAACGACCACCGAGUUAACCACGUCUGGAACAACCACCACUGAACCAACCACCACAGAAACAACCAAUUCUGGAACAACCAGCACGGGAUCAACCACCACCCAACCAACCACUUCUGGAACAACCAGCACAGGACUAACCACCACUGAGCAAACCACUACCCAACCAAACACUACUGGAACAACCACGACAGAAACAACCACCACCAAAACAACCACUUCUGGAACAACCAACACAGGACCAACCACCACUGAGCAAACCACUACCGAACCAAACACUUCUGGAACAACCACCACAGAAAUAACCACCACCGAACUAACCACUUCUGAAACAGCCAGCACAGGACCGACCACCACUGAGCAGACCACUACCGAAUCAACCACUUCUGGAACAAUCAGCACAGGAUCAACCACUACUGGAACGACCACCUCAGAAACAACCACUGCCGAACCAACCACUUCUGAAACGGCCAGCACAGGACCAACCACCACUGAGCAAACCACUACCGAAUCAACCACUUCCGGAACUACCACCAACGAACCAACCACUUCUGUAACAAGCAGCACAGGACCAACCACCACCGAACCAACCACCACCGAACCAAACACUUCUGGAACAACCACCACUGAACCAACCACCACGGAAACAACCAUUUCUGAAACAACCAGCACCACGGGUAUAACGACCACCGAGUUAACCACGUCUGGAACAACCACCACUGAACCAACCACCACAGAAACAACCAAUUCUGGAACAACCAGCACGGGAUCAACCACCACCCAACCAACCACUUCUGGAACAACCAGCACAGGACUAACCACCACUGAGCAAACCACUACCAAACUUACCACUACUGGAACAACCUCCACAGAAUCAACCACCACUGAGCAAACCACUACCGAACCAACCACUAGUAGAACAACCAGCACAGGACCAACCACCAUCGAACCAGUCACCACCGAAGCAACCACUUCUGGAACUACCGCCACCGAACCGACGACCACCGAACAAACCACCACCGAACCAACCACUUCUGUAGCAACCAGCACGGGACUAACCACCACUGAGCAAACCACUACGGAGCAAACUACUUCCGAACCAUUCACUACUGGGACAACAUCGACAGAACCAACCACUACUGAGCAAACCACCACCGAACUAACCACUUCUGGAACAACCAGCACAGGACUAACCACCACUGAGCAAACCACUACCGAACCAACCACUACUGGAACAACCACCAAAAAACCAACCACCACUGAGCAAACCACUACCGAAUUUACCACUACUGAAACAACCACCGCCAAACCAACCACUUCUGGAACAACCAGCACAGGACCAACUACCACCGAGGAAACCACUGUUGGAACAACCACCACCGAACCAAUCACCACUGAGCAAACCACUACCGAGCCAAUCACGCCUGAAACAACCACCACCGAGCCAACCACCACCGAAAUAACCACCACCGAACUAACCACUUCUGGAACAGCCAGCACAGCACCAACCCCCACCGAGCAAACCACUACCGAACAAGCCACCACUGAGCAAACCACCACCAAACCAAUCACUACCGAACAAACCACUUCUGGAACAACUACUACCGAACCAACUACCACCGAACCAUCCACCACUGAGCAAACUACUACCGAAUCAACCACUUCUGGAACAAUCACCUCCGAAUUAACCACUUCUGUACCAACCACCAAUGAGCAGACCACUAGCGAACCAACCUCUGCUCAGCCAACCACCACCGAGCCAACAACUACAGAGCAACCAACUGCAGAGCCAACAACCACCAAACCAACAACUAUUCAACCAACCAGUACAGAAGCAACUACUACUGAACGCACUACUACCGAACAAACCACUACUGAAGCAACCACCACCGAACCAACCACCACCAAACAAACUACCACUGAACUAACAACUACUCGACCAACAACUACCGAACCAACAACUACUGCAGCAGUCACCACCGAACCAACCACCACUGAGGCAACUACUACAGAGCCAGCAACUACCGAGCCAACUACAACUGCAGCAACCACCUCCGAACCAACCACCGCGGAGCCAACUACUACAGAGCUAACAACUACAAAGCCAACAACAACCGAAUCAACUACUACCGAACCCACAACAACAGAACCAACAACCACCGAGCGAACAACUACAGAACCAACAACUACCGAACCAACAACAACUGCAGAACCAACAACAACUGCAGAACCAACAACCUCACAGCCAACAACCACUGAACCAACUACUACAGAGCCAACCACUACAGAAGCAACUACCACUGAACCAACUACUACUGCAGCAACCACCAGCGAACCAACCACCACUGAGUCAACAACUACACCGCCAGCAACUACCGAGCUAACAACUACCGAACCAACAUCUACAGAACCAACAACUACUCAAUCCACAACUACAGAGGCAGCCACAACCGAAUCAACCACCACUGAACCAACGACUACAGAACCAACUACCUCCGCACCAACUACUAUAGAGCCAACCACUACUGAACCAACAACUACCGAACAAACCACUACAGAACUAACGACUAUAAAACCAUCUACUACCGCGUCCACCACCACCGAACCACCCACCACUGAGCCAACAACUACAGCGCCAGCAAGCACCGAACUAACAACUACAGCACCAACAACUACUCAAGCAACCACCACCGAGCCAACGACCACUGAACUAACCACCACCGAACCAACCACCACUGAGCCAACAACUACAGCGUCAACAACUACCGAGCAAACAACUAAGGAACCAACAACUACAGAACCAUCAACUACUCAACCAAGCACCACCGAACCAAGCACCACUGAACUAACCACUAACGAAGUAACCACCACUGAACCUGCCUCCACUGAACCAACAAGUACAGAACCAACAACUACAGAACAAAUAACUACAGAACCAACCACUACAGAAGCAACCACCACCGGACCAACUACCCUUGAACCGACUACUACUGCAGCGACCACCACCGAACCAACCACCACUGAACCAAUAUCUACAGAACCAACAACCACAGAGCCAACUACCGAACUACCAACUACCGAACCAACUACUACUGCAGCCACUACCAGCGAACCAACCACCACUGAGCCAACAACUACAACGCCAGCAACUACCGUACGAACAACUACAGAACUGACAACUACAGAACAGACUACUACUGCAGCCACCACCACCGAACCAACCACCACUGUGCCAUCAACUAGAGCGCCAGCAACUACAGAACAAACAACUACAGAACCAACAACUACAAAAGUAACCACCGCCGAACCAACCACCACUGAACCAAUAACUACAGAAUCAGUCACUACAAAGCCAACUACUAACGAACCAACAACUACAGAACCAACCACUACUGCAGCAACUACCAGCGAACCAACCACCACUGAACUAACAACUACAGCUCCAACAACUACCGAACCAACAACUACAGAACCAACAACUACACAAUCAACAACUACAGAGGCAGCCACCACCGAAUCAACCACCACUGAACAGACGACUACAGAACCAACAACCUCCGAACCAACUACUAUAGGGCCAACCAGUACCGAACCAACAACUACCGAACCAACCACUACAGAACUAACGACUAUAAAACCAACUACUACCGCGUCCACUACCACCGAACCACCCACCACUGAGCCAACAACUACAGCGCCAGCAAGCACCGAAAUAACAACUACAGCACCAACAACUACUCAAGCAACCACCACCGAACCAACGACCACUGAACUAACAACCACCGAACCAACCACCACUGAGCCAACAACUGCAGCGUCAACAACUAACGAGCAAACAACUAAGGAACCAACAACUACAGAACCAUCAACUACUCAACCAAGCACCACCAAACCAAGCACCACUGAACUAACCACUAACGAAGUAACCACAACUGAACCUGCCUCCACUGAACCAACAAGUACAGAACCAACCACUGCAGAAGCAACCACCACCGGACCAACUACCCUUGAACCGACUACUACUGCAGCGACCACCACCGAACCAACCACCACUGAACCAAUAUCUACAGAACCAACAACCACACAGCCAACUACCGAACUACCAACUACCGAACCAACUACUACUGCAACCACUACCAGCGAAUCAACCACCACUGAGCCAACAACUACAACGCCAGCAACUACCGUACGAACAACUACAGAACUGACAACUACAGAACAGACUACUACUGCAGCCACCACCACCGAACCAACCACCACUGUGCCAUCAACUACAGUGCCAGCAACUACAGAACAAACAACUACAGAACCAACAACUACAAUAGUAACCACCGCCGAACCAACCACCACCGAACCAAUAACUACAGAAUCAGUCACUACAGAGCCAACUACUAACGAACCAACAACUACAGAACCAACAACUACUCAAUCAAGCACCACCGAACCAACCACUACCGAACUAACCACUACCGAAGCAACCACCACUGAACCAACAACUACAGAACUAACAACUACAGAACCAACAACUACAGAACCAACAACUACAGAACCAACAACUACAGAACCAACAACUACAGAACCAACCACCACCGAACCAACCACCACUGAACCAACAACUACAGAACAAACAACUACUAAACCAAUCACCACCGAACUAACUACUACCGAAGCAACCACCACUGAACCCACAACAGAACCAACAACCACCGAACGAACAACUACAGAACCAACAACUACCGAACCAACAACCUCACAGCCAACAACCACUGAACCAACUACUACAGAACCAACCACUACAGAGCCAACAACCUCUGAACCAACUACUGUAGAGCCAGCCACUACCGAACCAACAACGAUCGAGCCAACAACUACCGAACAAACCACUACAGAACGAAAAACUACAGCACCAACCACUACAGAAGCAACUACCAAUGAACCAAUUACUACUGCAGCAACCACCAGCGAACCAACCACCACUGAGUUAGCAACUACACCGCCAGCAACUACCGAGCUAACAACUACCGAACCAACAUCUACAGAACCAACAACUACUCAAUCCACAACUACAGAGGCAGCCACAACCGAAUCAACCACCACUGAACCAACGACUACAGAACCAACUACCUCCGCACCAACUACUAUAGAGCCAACCACUACCGAACCAACAACUACCGAACAAACCACUACAGAACUAACGACUAUAAAACCAACUACUACCGCGUCCACCACCACCGAACCACCCACCACUGAGCCAACAACUACAGCGCCAGCAAGCACCGAACUAACAACUACAGCACCAACAACUACUCAAGCAACCACCACCGAGCCAACGACCACUGAACUAACCACCACCGAACCAACCACCACUGAGCCAACAACUACAGCGUCAACAACUACCGAGCAAACAACUAAGGAACCAACAACUACAGGACCAUCUCAACCAAGCACCACCGAACCAAGUACCACUGAACUAACCACUAACGACGUAACCACCACUGAACCGGCCACCACUGAACCAACAACUACAGAACAAAUAACUACAGAACAAAUAACUACGGAACCAACCACUACAGAAGCAACCACCACCGAACUAACCACCACUGAACCAACAUCUACAAAACCAACAACCACAGAGCCAACUACCGAACUACCGACUACCGAACCAACAACUACCGAACUAACUACUACUGCGGCCACUACCAGCGAACCAACCACAACUGAGCCAACAACUACAACGCCAGCAACUACCGUACCAACAACUACAGAAUCAACAACUACUCAACCAACAACUACAGAACCAACAACUACAGAACCAACCACCACCGAACCAACCACCACUGAACCAACAACUACCGAGCAAACAACUAAGGAACCAACAACUAAAGAACCAACAACUACUCAACCAAUCACCACCGAACCAACCACCACCGAACUAACUACUACCGAAGCAACCACCACUGAACCAACAACUACAGAACCAACAACUACAAAACCAUUAACUUCAAAACCAACAACUACAGAACCAAUAACUACGGAACUAACCAGUACAGAGAAGAUUAUCACUGAAACAACAACUGCUGAACGAAGUACUACUAAAGCAACCACUACGGAGUCAACGAUUACUGCGGCAAUCACCACAGAGCAAAGUACUUCCGAAGUUACAAUUACCAACCCAACAACUGGUCAUCCAACCACUGCUGCAAACACCAUCCCCAAUGUGCAAUACAAUGGGAACAGUUCAGUUGUCCAUAGUCCACUUCUUCUUUACAAAACGUCAUCACUAUCGUCUGGCAAUAGUAGCAAUUGUAGUUCUGUACAAGAAGAGCUGCCCACUACUCUGGUGGAUGCCACCAACGCUCUGGACCUGGUGGCCGCGCAGGAGUUCACUCCGACUACCCUGGCGGCGCUGCAGGAGAGUAACGACGAGCUCGGUUCGGCGCUGGUCUGUGCCGACAGGGGCCAGCUCAGCCUCACCGGACCCCAAGUUGCCCAGCUCACUGACAUGGCCGACAGCGCGCGCACGCACGUGGCGCCGGCCGAGGUCGUCAUCGACGACAUCCUGGACCCCCGGUCUGGCCUGGCGCUGAGCUCGCCGUUCAUGGUGGUGCUGAUGACGCUCGGCUGCCUGCUGGUGCUGGGCGCCGUCGUCGCGCUGGCCGUCAUCGGCGUGCGCGCCUCGCGCCGGCCGGGAGCGCCGGCGGCCCGGCGGCCGGCGCGCUCCCCGGUGGGUGGCCGGGAUAACGCGGCGUUCGGCGACCUGGAGCUGGCCGAGCGGCCGCUGGGCGGCUGGCCGCCGGCCGAGCGGCGCGGCGCCGCCACCUCACGCCCCGUGGCCCGCCGCUGGCUGGAGCCCAUAGCCGAGGCGCAGAAUUUCCGCGUGCGCCGGUACCCGGCCUUCAGCCAGGGACAGCUGAUCCCACGCGCCUACCUGAGCGACUAGUCGACCCAGGUGGGGUCAGCGACCCACGCAAUAAGCAGCUGGUAUAAUAAUAUAAUAUAUUACAGAAUUUGUAGUUUUUUUUUUCAUUGAUGCUCAAUUUUAGAAGUUUUAAGGUUUUGUUUUUCGUGCUAAUAUGUCAGGCGGAUUUAUGUUUAUAUUUGUUGUAUCAAUGGCAACUAUGGCUUACAAGUGAAAAGGCUCACACAGCUGGACACGAGCACAUACACAUACACAUUCACAUACGCACACAUUCAUCUAUUCGUGCGCGUAUUUUGUGUUUAGUUAGGUACUCCGUUGUUGUAUUGUUAUGUUAUGUAGGCAUGGAAAUUUUCAUUUGGUUUUGCUUUCUCAAAAUAUCCUAAAUUUGUAAAUAUAUUGUUGAUGGUGAUCAGAAACACAAAUGUUUUUUUUUUGCAUCCAGCGAGAAAUGCAUUUUGCAGAAGGAAAUGCUAACCGUGUGAUUGAUUUUUCGAUAUAAUAUUGAGAAUAUGACAUGUAUUUACAGGUGAUGAUUGUUAGAGUGUUAUAACAUGCUUUCCCUCAUAUUAAAUACAUUAUUAACCCUCACCUG